CUCCAAACGGAUGUUGGUUAUCCACAGAAUACUUGGUCUAAGAACGGAAGCCGUUAGCUGCUUAAACCAUAACCUCGCUUCUGGCCAGGUUUCGAGGUGAUGUAAAUACUUUCCUCAAUUGCUUGAACUUCUACACAUGACUCCAUCUGCGCCAUCCACUAUACAUAUUGUGGAACUAACACACUUUCAUUAUUCUAUGAUUAGGUUUUUCCAAUGAAUUUCUCUUUAGGCAACAAUUACAAUGUAUCUUUUUGCAGAUUUUACGGUCCUUGUUUUUCUUAUCACUAAAAUUAUCUCUUCUAAAUCUACUUUGUUUAUAAUCCAUAAGCUGCGAGAGAUUAGUGUUUUAAUAUAUCAAUAAAAUGAAUUUCGAAUAUUCGAUUUGGGUUUAUGAAAUCAAGGCACUACUCGCUAACGAUUAGUUACUGUAAUAUGCUAGCGUGGUGAGCACGCUAAGCGCGAUUAAAACGGGUAAAAGCGAUAAAGAGAGACAAAGUUCAUUGUAGUACACCAAGAGCAACGAAAGUAAAUGUUUGAAAAAGUUAUUUGUGCUCUAAAAAAUUGUUUUUGUUAAAAGUGUUAAGCAACUUAAUUGUUUUGUGGCGAGAAUUUAUAGGAAAAUCUUCAAUUAGUUAGUUAAUUGCGCCGAACUUAAACUGCAAAUAUGACUAACGCCUUGAGCCGCUUUCUGACGCCGGUCGCUUGCAACUGCAAAGAUUUCAGCCAUCCAUGGACGGAGAGCUGUGCAAAUGCAUCGGCAGGCAUACUUCUGUCCGCAAUACCAACAAGUUUGCGUAUCUACACCAUGGUCUAUGCGCUAUCACUCAUUAUGCGCCAUCGCAUACCCAAUCUCACCGAUCUCAAACAUACACUGCAUGGCAUAUUGCAAUCAUCCGCUUUCCUCGUCUCCAAUAGCUACUCAUUCAUCAUGUUCAAUUGCCUGUUACGUAAAAUCAUCGGUCACUAUUAUUGUGCCACAGUCGCUUUCAUACCCAGCUUCAUCUCCAGUUUUGCAUCGAUACUUGUCGAACGGCCCGCUCGGCGGCCACUUCUUACACUUUACGUAGCAAAUUUGGCUACCGAAACGCUGUGGAAUAUGGCCGAAGUACGCGGUUAUGUACGCUCUAUACCGCAAGGUCAAACAUUGAUCUUUGGCAUUAGCAUAUCAGCAUUGCUGUAUCUCUAUCGAUUAGGCCUACAUAAGACUACCUGUAAAGAUUCACUUUUCAAUAUUUUACGCUUUUUUGUGGAUAAAACCGAGGAGGGACCAAUCAAAUCCAUUACAUCAAAUACAUCAGAGGCGUCAACAUCUGCUAGCGCUGCACAGCGUUCACGUGCGCCGCUGGAUUUCCGAAGCAUAAAUGUGCUUGUACAGUUAUAUAGUCGCUUCUUGGGUGCGGUGAAGAGUAAACAUGCGUCGUGUCCGCAUCGUGAUAUGUGUUGGCGUUAUGCGCUAAUUGGUGGUCUGAAACCGUUCGUUGGUGGCGUGGGCCUGCAGGUGACGCUGCGUUUAGUUAUGAAUUUCAGGAAAAUUGUACAAUUCAAAUUUAACCCAAGAAAGGCACUAUUCAACAAGGAUACGCUCAAUUUGGGCAUCUUUUUGGGCUGUUUUUCAUUUAUUUAUAAGAGCGUCUCCUGCACGUUGCGGCACAGCUUUGGUCGUGAUGAUCCACGUUUUGCAAUACCCGCAGGUCUCUUGGCAAGUGUUGCGUUCACUAAAUAUCCCGAUGUUACUGUGGCAUUGUAUGUGAUGUGGAAAGCACUGCAAAUAUACUACGAUUUGGGCAUUAAGGAAGGAGUUUUGCCUCACAUAUCCAAUUUUACGCUCCUCUUAUAUUCCUUCUGCACCGCUAUACUGUUCCAUGCUGGUAUUCUGGAGCCAAAAACAAUUCGACCAAGCUACUUUAAAUUUCUACAAGCGAUUUCUGGUGAUAGACUUAAUCGAUUUAAUUUGGAGCCUUUCAAUGUGUAUGGUCAAAAUGCCAGCGAACAAAUGAAAGAAGUUUCUCGGCGAUUAAAUAUUAUUAACAAAUCACCGUUACCAAAAUGUUCGCUUGCCUCUUGGAAAUAAUGAUACGUGUACGACAGUGACAACAAUGAUAUAAUAACCAUGGAGAAACAUACAUACAUACGUACAUAUAGAGAAUAUCAGACUUAUGAAGGGUAUAAAGUGAAACGAUAAUAAGAAAAAUGGCUAUUUGCAAUAUAUAUGUAUGUAUAAUUGUAGGUAAUGCUGUGACGAAAAAUCUAUAUGUAUAUCAAAAAACCGGUGAAAAACCGGUGUAGAAUUACAAGAAGUGAGAAAAAAGUAAAGGAAAUAGUUAGGCCAUUCACAAGCUUUGUCUUAUGUCUCAUGUCAUAUUUCAAUUGGCUUCAAAAAUACGACCCUUGUGAGCGCCCCUUAAUCGUUGUAUGUGCUGUGUAAUACAUAUUUCUUCUGCCACACUCCACUUAUGCACAGAGUUAAAUGGCGGCAUUUUGGUUUACACUGAACAAAAUAUUUUUAUAUCUCCCUUCUAUUCGACUUGAUUUACCUGAAUAUCGUGGAAAACAACAACAAUAUUAAUAGGAUAAUCACAAAGAAAUAAGACAAUAUGACGAUGUGACACAAUAUGACACCUCGUGAAUACCCUAAGUAAUUCCUAAAAUGUAUUAAAUAAAAGUAAUAAUAAUGUAUGAUAGAGUAAGGGAUUUUUAUAAGCUAUGUGCAUAUGUAUAGAAUUAAGAAUUAUUUUGUUUAGUUAAUUUGGUAAGCGAUUUGUUGUUGGUACACAUAUAAUUUUAAUUUGUGUCGGCGUUGAGAGUGAUUUGGAAAUAUACAGUUUGUAUA